UUCUGAAAAAGAUUCUAUUAAGCAAUAGUUUUGCUUGAUUUUAGGAUUUUACAUCAACUUUUACAUGUAAAAAUAGGAUUUUUUUUGAAUAAUUUCUUAAAUUUUAUUAUAAAUAUACUUCAAUUUAAAUUUAAAUUUGUCAAAUUUAUUUACAUUAGAACAAUAGAAAAUGCAGGUGAUUCCCAGAUGGCGCACAUUAUUAUUUUCACGAUGUUCAACCCAAUUUGCUUCCUUGCAUUCAACUCCAUUUUGCAACGAGAAAUGGAAGAACAAAUGGAAAUCUGACUUCAAGGGAGCCCAGCAACCAUCUAAAAAUCACACCCGAUAUGUUAUACGUCAGAAACGAGCUGAUGCGAAGAAAGCGCUUUGGAGUCUUCUCUCUAAGUAUGGGGACUCAGGAACUCCCUUUCAGAAUGGUGAACGCCUGUCCGGCAAUGCUGGCAUUGGUCAUUGUUCAAAUAGCUCUGCAAAGAAGAGCCGUUCAAAGUCGGAAUCUCAUCGUGCGGAAAAGAUCCACAACCAUAGAAUGAGACGUAAGUUUCGGAAAGGAUAUUUAUCAGACGACGAUGAUGAUCAUCCCGAAACUAUCUUUCAGGCAACUUUUGGAAAUAGGUGGUAUACAUGGUCUAACUCACAGAAUGAAUCUUCUCGGAGAUCAACUCCCGGGUUUGACUGGAGAGAAUCUUUUCACCAUACAAGUGAUCAUCAAGAAGAAUGGGCGAGAUCGAAUGUAUCUGAUUCUGAAGAUGAGGCUUUUAAUGUAGGAUUGCAUUCAGAUAGAGCGCAACUUGGCCUGCCAAAAAAUGGUCCUCUGAAGUUGAAAGAUGUGAAAAAUGCGUUCCAUUUAUCGGCACUGAAGUGGCACCCUGAUAAACAUCCAGGCCCUUCACAGGCCGCAGCUGAAGAAAAGUUCAAGAUGUGCGUGACCGCGUAUAAAUCAUUGUGCAGUGCAUUGUCCAGUGCCUGAGCUGUUUACUGGAGUUCUGACAUACUGUUACAGGUUUUAUGGCCUUAAUGAUAUCCAUGGCUUGAAUUCGGGAGACAAGACAAGUGGAGAUGUUAGAUGUGUAUACUCAACACUCAAUAAUGAGAUUCAGUUUUCACCAUGUUUUGCUGCUGAAUGUGGCUGAAUGUCGAUGUUAUGCAUUGUUUUGUUUGUCUUGGUCCUCUUGGACAAGAUCUCCAAUUGUCUAGGUUGUGUUUUUUAGAUGUAUAUGUAUGUUUUAUAAAUUUUGUCUGCUUUUUAUUGAAUACAUUGUCAAGCGUGUGUUGUACUUAGUUAAUAUUAUAUACUUCCUCCGUUAUAAAAUAAGCGUAAUUCUUUCCAUUUUCAAAAGUUCAAAAUAAAUGAACAUUAAUUUAUUUGACAUCAA